AUUGACAAACUAAAUUCAUGGCGCAAGGCCGUAUUACCAAGAGUCGAUCAAUUUCAAAAAAGAAGAAAUUAUAUUGUAACUCGCCACCGAAAAUAAACAACAAUGGUGGUUGGAGCAUUUCCUAUUGCAAAGUUAUCUGUAUUACUAAUAAAACAGAUUAGUAAGCCAAUCGCAAAUGCGUGUAAGGAACGAGCCAAAAAUAGUCCAUUUUUUAGGACUUAUGUUUGUAUGCCUCCUGCCCAGUUCUAUAACUGGUGUGAGGUGAAGGCGAAAAUGUGGAUCCUAAAUCUUGGGAAACCAGUGAACAUCCCAGUACUCAGCCAGGAAAUGGCUAUAGAACUAGGUGCCAACCUGCUGGGUGAAACUGUCAUAUUUGUGAUUGGUGCUGGGUUGCUACUGGUUGAAUAUAACAGACAAAGUAAAAAGGAAGCUGCUAAGGAAGCAAAACGGGAAGAGGAAAUGAAGCACAUCACUGGCACCAUCACCGACCUAUACUUCACUGUGCAACAGCAACAAACACAGCUGAGAGAAAUGGAGCGACUUAUUCAUACCAUAAGUGGAUUGAAAUCUUCAGUACCACCACCAGUUAUAAAGGAGCCUACAUUCAUUCAACCAUCAACAGACACGGACCAACCUCCAGAAGCUAAUAACAACAAGCCACCGCCAGCAGCCCCUACUCCUCAGAAAGUUAAUCAUAUUGUAGCUGAUCAAGAAGUGUUGGUUGCUACUCCUUAUCCCAAUCGAGGAAUUAUAUUGCAGUCACUCAACUACAUUCAGAUGGAUGUGUUUAGCUCUGUCUUUGCUAACAACUACAACAAUAAACAACUUGCCUCAGACACAGUCACCAAUGAUAAGUCUCCCCCAAAUAGUAAGAGAGAGCCAGCUGUUGUAUCUGAGGCUCUGUAUAAUAUAGAAAACAAUUUUAGAAGUUUAUUUUGAAGAUCAUUAAUCUUGUACAUAUAAAACAUGUAUGAUUAUUUUGCUGAAGUAGUGUAUCAGGACCUGUGGUCAGUCCUGUUUGUUUUGUUUGAUAUCCAUGUAUUUAUUUUGAUAUAUUUGUUAUUUGUUUUUAAAACAAUUUGUGUACUGCCAAGCAAGCUUGUUAUGUCACCAGUGGCAUUUAAAUGUUAUGGUUCUUCUAGACAAUAUUACAUUCAUGUGAUGAAUGUAUGGAGAUACAAGCAAGGUUAAAUGUAUACUCUGCAUUGUAACUCACUGUUUUAUGCUUCUUACAUUUAUCAUGACAUUUUUCCAGUACCUAAGUAGUUGAAGUAAGAUAAGUUACUGGAAAAUUUCACUAAUAUAUUGUAUGAAGUCAGUGAAAAGUGUAUUUCUAGUUUUAAUUAGUAUAUAGUGUAAAUAAAUUAUACCAAACUAAA